AUGAUAGACGAUAACUCGUUUGAAGAUAAGCCCGAGUUCGUUGUUGAAGAAGUACGGUCAAUAAUACAAGAUUCAAUAGAAACAGCCAUAGGAGGAAAUGCCUACGAGUUCAACAGAGUGAACCAGUGGACCACCAGUGUGAUGGAGCAAAGCCUGAGUCAACUCAGCAAGCUAGGAAAGCCUUUCAAGUACAUUGUAAACUGUACCAUCAUGCAGAAAAGUGGAGCAGGUCUGCAAACAGGAAGUUCAUGCUUCUGGGACAACUCUGCUGAUGGAACCUGUACAGUGAGAUGGGAGAACAAGACCAUGUACUGCAUCGUCACUGUUUUUGGACUUGCUAUCUGA